AGAUGAAGCUAGAGGAUUCUACCACAAUGAAUUACAUUUAAGGUUGAUGGAGAGUUUUAUGGUACAUAUACAUCUGGACUGCAGGAGUCUGGCUUCCUAAGUAAUAGAGACAGGAAGAGGAUAUUACACGUUUAAAUUCCUGCUUUUUCCAUGCAGACUCCACCCUGCUGUCUAUCUGAUGAGGAGGAACUAGAAAAGCUGCAAAUAAAGGGUCUUGCUGCCUUAAAAGCUGCUGUGGCAGAGCUGAAUGAGAUCCCUUUAAAAUCAACCUGUAACACAAGUAACGGAGAGCAAGAGCAAAAAAAAGACAUGAGUGAAGACAAUGAGCAUUGUGAAAAGCAGGAAAUAACAAAUCAAGGAUUUGGAAGUUCGGGGGCAAGGAGAGUAAGUCGGAAACAAAGGCCCUGUUACAAACAACUUCAAGAAGAGAUCCGAAGGUUAGCAGGUGAACAGGAGUUCCGACAAACUCAAAGUAAGUGUCACGGUCUCUCCGAAUCAGACAUUCAAUCCCAAAAUCCUGAUGCACAAGUGUGUGUGAGUAAGGUCAUGCAAUUAUACAAAAUAGACAAUAAUCCCAAAAGAAAAGAGUUCCUGGACGACCUUUUAAACUUACUGAAAAAACAUGGGACUCCAAUCAGGAGAACUCCCAUCAUGGCAAACAAAGUUCUAGACCUUCAUAAGCUAUAUGAACUGGUGGCAGAGAGAGGAGGACUGAGAGAAGUACAAAGAAACAAACUGUGGCCAGAGAUCGCAAAAAUACUCAACCUGGAAAAUUUGGUGAGAAGCACUACUAAGCUUAGGUUGAAGUAUAUAAAAUAUCUAUCCUUAUAUGAAUAUGAAAACAGAAGUCGAAGGAUCUUGGAGGCCCCCCACACUACCAAGGAAGAAGGAGGAGGAGGAGAAAGACGGUUUCCACAAUUGGUCUCAGGUGCCAGACUAUUUGGAAAACCUUUCAGUCCUGAUACGUCUUCGAGGAAAGAAAGAAAGAAAAAUGAUGUCUUUUGGUACCUUUCUCCAAACCCGGCUCAUCUCCACCAGUUCAAGACAGACGAAGAUGAAAUGGCUGCACAGGGAUGGGAUCCCCAUGCAGGAACUGCUGCAACAUCUCAGUCCCCAAAUGGUCAAAAGAGUGGAGGCAAACGCCACGUGGAAGCAAUCAUGGAAAAAGACAAAAGGAAGAAGCUGAUGAACAUGGCAACAGAACUGACAGACUGCAAAUGCACCAGACAUAUUGAUGGGAUUCUGGACAUUGAGAGCACAGACAACUUUCUGAUAGCAUUAGAAUGCAAAGGGAUAACCUAUAAGGGCAUGUUAUUUCGUCAGUGACUUCGUUGCCUAAUGAAAAAGGCAAUAAAGACAGCUUUAUCAUGGUUGGACUGUUUAUAUAAGGUUAUUUAUAAGAAAGCUUUCUACCGCAUCCCAAA